UGCAUACUUAGUACAUUGACGUCGUUUGCUCACAUUGUGCAGGCUCGCUGCGGUCUGCGCAAAAGCGAUGCCGGCCGGUGCAGUCGACGUCGGGAUGCAAGUACUACAGUUAUAUUCGCUGCUACUGCGGCUGAAGUUGAGCGCAGACACUGAUGGCAGUGAGACAGGCCAGCGCCGGCGACCGUGCUUGAUAAGUUACAAGCCGACCCUUACUAUCUGACUGUUGACAUACGGUCACCGCCGUCUGCAACCUGAUCCCGCUGAACACACAAGCUCAUGAUCAUCCCGGACGACGACAAGAAGAAGGCGGACCCAGCCACUGAGCCGCUCAUUGGCUCGUCCUCUCAUGUGCAAGUGCCCGAGGAGGCUCCGCCACCCAGCUUCCAGGAGAGUCUGGCGGCGGGAGCAGGGCCAAGCACGGCGGUCAAGAACCCCUACAGCUACUACAAUGGCAACCUUGCGGACUCAGACGUCUUUGUGCCUCCAGGGGGCGAGGAGCCCCCUCCGUUUACGCCGUACCAGGCUGAGUUCUUCGUGUCUGGGGACAGCAUAAUCUCGCAUGACAAACAUCUCAACGAAGACGGUGAGGCACUGUACCGUUUCCUGUUGUCGCAUGCGGAGACACCGCCGACGUUCUACGUGCACUUGCGCGGUGUGCACACCGAGUCGCGAACACGCAUGGUGUCCCGAAGAGUCAACGACGGACAGUACCGCACCCACCAUGAGCAUUACACGGAGAACAUAGUCGACUUCGACUUCCCCAUCGACAUCGGGCAGCACAUAUCCUCCGGCCCCGUGCAUUGGAGCGUGCCGGACGAGGAGCCCGCGUACAGGGGGAAGAUGUACCGCGAAGUCGAGACGGGCGAGUUCGCGCAUGCGGGCGACCUAGAGGGCAUCGUCCAGCAGCGUGAGCGUAGACAUGCGUCUAGGACCCAGGUUAAGAUGGGGAAAGCUAGACGGCAAGAGCGGCGGGAUAGGGGACUCCCCCCAUGGGCGUCGCUGGAAUGUGAGAGCGGGCCUGGUCAUACGGGCGCGGAUGUCCAGCAUACGAGGGUGCUGAAGUCGUCGCAGACGUUGAGACAGUGGGCGGACGAGUACUGUGCUAGUGACAAGUUGCUCAAGGAGUUCACAUACGAGAAUGUCGUCUACGGCUGGCACCUCGUCAACCUGCAACUAGCCAUCGAAGCAGCCAUCAAGUCGACCUACUACACAGGCAAACUCACUGUCGAGUUCAAGUCCUCUAACUCCAAGAUCUGCGUGCGGCCCGACAGCCAGUUCUCCCGCAUGCUCUCUAACAAAUGGAUCAAGCUCGUCCUCAUCCUGCUCUUCAUCUACCCCUUCAUCUAUCUCUACAAGCGGUUCGGCCGCAGAGGCGGCGGGCGGUGGGAGGUCUGCGGUGGUGCGUACGCCCUCAAGUCAUGGCGGCUCGUCGACCCCUCCUCAGAGCCUCCGCCGCCCUUCCCCGGGACAGCCGCAAGCGAUUCGCGCGUGGUUUAUACUAGGACGGGAACCGCCAGGAUCGUCGGCCUCAGAGAGGGCGAGUGGUUCCAGCAGUGGGAGAAGACGAUCCGGAGAGCGGUCACGGGUCGACUGAAGUCUACCGUCCCUCUGAAGGAGCCGGAUGAGACGACCAGCGCGGCGAUGAUGUUGGAUGGAUACCGCCCGCACGGACAAUUCUGAUUUAUUGACUGACCUGCUGUAAUUGCUGUAGUUGUGUUUUAGUCGGCUCGCUCAGAGAUGCGUAGGGUUCUAUCUGGUUGGGUACUGCCAGAGCACAAUUCUUGAUGGGUCAAUUGUACUCUUCCUACACCGCGCACUGUGGAC